UUUUUUUUUUUUUUGGUUUGUUUUCGAAUUAUCCUUGCUCCUCAUCAACGCUCUCUAUUUAUCAAGAAUCAUGUUCAACCUCACAACCCUAGUGGCUAGCGCUGCAGGCUUCUAUCUCUUCCUUUGGGCUCUGCAACAUGUCACCCAAGAUGCGCGAGAACCACGCACCGUUGAGGACGCCUUACCGUUUAUCAGUCCCGUGAUUGGAAUGAUGACCAGAGGUUCCAACUUCCACAGACAUCUGAGAAACAAAUACAAACUGCCUAUCUAUACGCUCCGACUGCCUGGCUCGCGGCUCUAUGUUGUCAACGAUACAGCGCUCAUCCCCAUCAUCCAGCGACAUGUACGGGCGUUGUCUAUCUCCCCAAUAAUGGUCCGAUUUUUCUCGCACUUCAUGGGCGUGAGUAAGGGGGCUCUCCAUAUUGCCGGUCGCGACCCUCUGGAGAACCAUGGUUUCAUACAUCAGAUCACCCUCGAGACCACCAAGGGUUUGAGUCCAGGACCUAACCUGGAUGACCUGAAUGCUAAGGCCGUUCUGAACCUUAGCCAGUCCCUCGACAAUCUGUGUGCCAAUACGCGUCUUUCCACUGUGAACAUGUUUGAAUGGGUCUCAAAGGAGAUUAUGUUGGCUACGACGAAUUCUGUUUAUGGCCCGCGCAACCCCUUCAAGAACCCUGAUGUCCAGGCGGCUUAUAGUGAUUACGAAGCUGGGCUGAUGAUCAUGAUGGCCGGCUUUUUCCCCCGACUCCUGGCCAGGAAGAGCUUAGCAGCUCGUGAUACGCUCGUGCAAGCCUUUAAACGAUACUAUGCAGCCAAGGGUCUUGAGGAAGGUUCAUCUGUAUAUGCACGAAACCGAUAUGAGUAUCCAUUAAAGCAGGGAAUGGAUGUGCAAGAUGUGGCAAGGAUGGAGACAGGAGGCGCCAUCGGUCUACUCAGCAACACGAUGCCAGCAACUUUCUGGACAAUCUACCAUAUCUUCUCAGACCCAAUCGUGCUUGGGGACUGUCGUCGAGAAGUAGAAAAAGCCGUACACGAGAAUAACGGUGAGAAAUGCUUGGAUUUAUCAUAUGUCAAGAGUUCUUGCCCCAUCCUAGUUUCAACAAUGCAAGAGGCUUUUCGCUGUCACAGCAUAGGUGUAUCGGCACGCGCUGUGGUGGAAGAUCACAUGCUGGAUGGGAAAUACCUAUUGAAGAAGGGAAGUACGGUCCUCAUACCAAGUAAUGUCCAGCACAGUUUGUCCCCUGCUUGGGGAGACAAUGUCGGCGAGUUCUAUCAUAAGCGAUUCGUUAGAGACACCGAGUUCAAGAAAUAUAAUGCCGUCGCAUUCCGUGCAUUUGGAGGCGGCGUAAAUCUCUGUCCUGGCCGCCACUUUGCUACUACGGAGAUCUUGGCGUUCGCCAGUGUCAUACUCUUGCGGUUUGAUAUAAAGCCUCUCAAUGGGCAAUGGGAUACUGUCGGAUACCGAGAAGCCAAUGCUGCGUUUCGCCUUCCCUCUCGAGACGUUCGGGUCGAGCUCAUUCCGCGGGACAACAAGCGGUGGCGCGUCGUCCUUUCAGAACCAGGAAAACCAAUGGAACUGGCAAACAAUAUUCCAAUAAGUUCGGACGAGGAAACAGGUAUCUACCCUUUGGAUCAUCAUGAAGACGCUGGCAGCAACUUACAUACAGUCAGCCUAGGUUGGGUGGGAGCCUUGACUGUAGAGGUUCCCCACGAUCCCUCUGUGAAAAUGUCAGUACAUGCUUUCAAGAGGAACUAAAUACAAUAUACUCUACGGGGUUGCGGUGCCAGGAAUACACGGGAUGGGAUGUAUUAGACUGCUCUUCCUAUCUGGUUGUAUAUCAAAUUAAUAAUCUGUAAUUCCGAACAAAAAAUAUACCCGUAAAAUCGCGACUACUGUACAAUUGAAUGACACCAUUUCAGGCACUAGCCUACCCCUUUU